AGAUAAGCUAUUUUUAAAUAUAUUUACUAGAAAUCUUAAGAUGUCUUUUGAAACCAGUCAACAGGCAGUAGUUCGGCUUACAUUAGGGUUAACAGAAAAGUUUAAAAAACAUAUUAGUCAACAGGAAAAGCUGGCCAAAAAUCGAGUUAAAAAUAAGAAAUACUACAAAAAUAAUAUAUCAGAAGAUAAAUUUGAUGAGAGUUUAAAAUAUCAAUCAUUCGAAUCAGUAUUUAUACAAGAAAAAUCCCUAAAAACGAAUAUUUUAAUUGAUCGCUAUGAAUUAAAAUCAUUUAUUGGAGCGGGUGCAUUUUCUUGUUGUAUAUUAGCGGUAGAUAAGUUACGUCCAGAUCAGCCAUUUCGUGUAAUUAAAAAAAUGAACCAAACAUAUGAAGAAUUUGGACUUCAAGUAUAAGGACAGACAUAAAUACGACUGGAUUUUGACAUCCUAUUACUAGGAAUAUCGUUUAUUAAAGCGAAUUCAUCGAUUACCAUAUUUACAACCUUUCA